AUGUCAUUCGGUAAAGAGAUCCAUCUCACAGUUCCAAUUCCAAAAGAAGCAGAACAUAUAAUCACAAAAGAAUCAAUUGAUUUCUUGGCUAUAUUACAUCGUACUUUUGAGAAAAGACGUCAGGAGUUGUUGGGCAAUAGGAAGAAAGUACAGGAGAGUCUGGACAAUGGAACCCCACUCACUUUCCUUCCUGAAACCAAGAACAUCAGAGAAUCACCUUCAUGGAGCUGUGCGCCCCCAGCUCCAGGAUUAGAAGAUCGACGAGUCGAGAUCACCGGUCCUACCGAUCGAAAGAUGGUCAUCAACGCUCUCAACUCUGGAUCGAAGACCUUCAUGGCUGAUUUUGAAGAUUCCAACUCUCCUACUUGGACCAACAUGGUUGUUGGACAAGCCAAUCUAUACCAUGCAAUUAGACGUCAAAUCGACUUUGAGAUCAAUGGAAAGCAAUACAAAUUAUCUGAGAAACCUGCAGUAUUGAUCGUCCGACCUCGAGGAUGGCAUCUUCCCGAGCCAAGAUUGCUCAUCGAUGGAAUUCCAAUCUCCGGAUCAUUAUUCGAUUUCGGAUUAUAUUUCUUCCAUAACGCAUCUGAAUUAGUCAAAAGAGGAUUCGGACCUUACUUUUAUUUACCUAAAAUGGAACACCACUUGGAAGCGAGAUUAUGGAAUGAUGUCUUCUCUCUUUCAACAAGUCAUCUCGGUUUGAAACAAGGUAUAAUCAGAGCUACUGUUUUGAUCGAAACUCUACCUGCGGCAUUUCAAAUGGAAGAGAUUUUGUAUGAAUUGAAAGAACAUAGUUCUGGAUUGAACUGUGGACGAUGGGAUUAUAUCUUCAGUUUCAUCAAAAAACAACGAGCCCACAAGCAGAACGUUAUGCCUGAUCGAUCUGAUGUCACUAUGACCGUCCCAUUCAUGAAUGCCUAUGUCCAAUUGUUGAUCCAGACAUGCCACAAACGAAAAGUAGCUGCAAUGGGAGGAAUGUCAGCUCAAAUUCCAAUCAAGAAUGAUUCUGAUGCGAACGAACGAGCAAUGAACAAAGUGCGAGCCGACAAGCUUCGUGAAGUUCAAGCGGGCCAUGAUGGUACUUGGGUAGCUCAUCCUGCUUUGGUCAAGAUUGCUUUGGACAUCUUCAAUGAGAACAUGAAAGGUCCAAAUCAAUAUCACAUUCGUCGAGAAGAAGUCACAGUCACAGAUAAACAGAUCGCGGAUUCCUCUGUACCUGGUAAGAUCACAGAACAAGGUGUUAGGGACAAUGUCUCUGCUGCUCUUUCAUACUGUGCGGCUUGGAUCUCUGGAAACGGUUGUGUCCCAAUCAAUUAUUUGAUGGAGGAUGCAGCGACUGCUGAGAUUGCCAGAGUACAGCUUUGGCAAUGGUGCAAGUAUGCUUCCAAGACUGACACUGGAAAGACUAUCUCACCUUCAUACCUUCAACCCAUCUUCUCAGAGGAAUCGUCCAAAGUAUCAAAAUUACCUGGAAUCGAUCCUGGUCACGUCAAGAUCGCAUCAGAGUAUAUGGCAGGUCAAGUCAAAUCUCAAUGGCCAAGUGAUUUCCUCACCUCUGACCUUUUAGUUCAUUUGGAAGGCGUAGGUACUGUAGGAGGUAAAAGUAAGAGCAGUCUGUAA